GAUUUGGAGAAAAGUAGUAUCUCAAGGAGAAGUGACUUUGACUUAAAAGAAAUUGUGUUUGUCAUCCAGAGCCAGAGCAAUUCUUUUCAUGUAAAGAGAGCAGAGCAGUUGAAAAAAAGCAUCUUAAAGCAGGCUGCAAAUCUUACACAGGAGCUUCCCAAAGUCCUCCUUCUCCAUCAGCUGGCAAAACAGGAAGGUGCUUGGACCAUCCUCCCAUUGUUACCACAUUUUUCCUCAGCGUAUAGCAGGAAUUCAUCAUGGAUUUUCUUCUGUGAAGAAGAGACAAGAAUACAAAUUCCAAAACUCUUGGAAAUACUCAGAAGAUAUGACCCAUCAAAGGAAUGGUUUUUAGGAAAAGCAUUACAUGAUGAAGAAUCUACAAUAAUUCACCAUUAUGCGUUUUCUGAAAAUCCUACAGUUUUUAAAUAUCCGGAUUUUGCUGCUGGCUGGGCCCUUAGUAUUCCACUUGUAAACAAGCUUACCAAGAGGUUAAAGAGUGAAUCCCUGAAAUCCGACUUUACAAUAGAUUUAAAACAUGAGAUUGCUCUGUAUAUCUGGGACAAAGGCGGAGGACCUUCUCUUACCCCCAUGCCUGAGUUCUGUGCGGAAGGUGUGGACUCCCACUGUGCGACCACAUUCCAUUCUUUUCUACCACUGUGUGGAAAACCAGUGAAGAAGGAGGAUAUAUUUGUGGCAGUAAAAACAUGCAAGAAAUUUCAUGGUGACAGAAUACCCAUUGUAAAGCAGACUUGGGAGGAACAGGCUAGUCUCAUUGAAUACUACAGUGACUCUGCAGAAAGUUCCAUCCCUACUGUGGACUUGGGAAUUCCUAAUACAGACAGAGGUCAUUGUGGAAAAACAUUUGCCAUUUUGGAAAGAUUUCUUAAUCAUAGCCAUAACAAAAUAACGUGGCUAGUCAUUGUGGAUGAUGAUACAUUAAUAAGCGUCUCCAGGCUCCGGCAUUUGCUUAGCUGCUACAACUCUGAUGAACCCGUGUUCCUGGGAGAGCGCUAUGGCUAUGGCCUGGGCACUGGUGGCUACAGCUACAUCACGGGAGGAGGAGGCAUGGUCUUCAGCAGAGAAGCCAUCAGGAGACUUCUCGCCAGCAAGUGUCGGUGCUACAGCAAUGAUGCUCCUGACGACAUGGUCCUAGGCAUGUGCUUCAGUGGAUUGGGAAUCCCUGUGACACACAGCCCCCUGUUCCAUCAGGCUCGGCCGGUAGAUUACCCCAAGGACUACCUUUCUCAUCAAGUUCCUAUAUCAUUCCACAAACACUGGAACAUUGAUCCAGUGAAGGUGUAUCUCACGUGGUUGGCCCCCAAUGAGGAAGACAAAGCCACACAGGAGACAUGGAAAACUUCUAAAGAAGAGUUAUAAAGCAUGGUGGACUGUGAGCAGACCUUGGGGAGGAAUAGAAAUAGACCUGCAUCAUCCCACUGAGCUGGGCUCAUAAUGCUUGUGUCUGCCACAAGCACUGGAUGCCUCCUGACCUCAGGUGGAUAUGGUAUUUUUUGAUGGGUGAAGAAAAGGAGUCAUAGGGGAAACUGAUUUUUUUUGGGAAAUAUCACUUGUUUUGAAUGAUGCAGUUUUAACACAGAUUACUGUGCAUUUUUAAAGCUAUGAUACAGCAGCUUUAUCACCAUCACAGGAAAAUAAAUGGUACCAGAAGUCCCUUCCCUAUUCUGUUUCUUCAUUAUAAUGACUUUCAUUUGGACACAAGACUGGAGAGACAUGACUGGCUAUUGUUCUAUAUAAAGAGUGGUAGUCUUGAUGUGGAUAUUUUGUCAGUGGUAUGAACUUCCAAACCAUAGUAUUGUAUUGAUGAUGACAGUUAGUUUCUGGGAACUCAGUAGGAAUGAUGUUUUAUUAAGGAUGAUUCAUGAAACAUCAUAAAAGCCUAAAUAUGAAAUCCUCCACAGCCUAUAUAAUCAUGGUUGUUAGGUUUUUAUCUAUUCUUUGGCUGUUUGCACCUCAUAAAAAGAAACUAAGAGGGCUUCUGCUAUGGCUUUCUAUUUCUUUUUCUAGGUUUUUUUUUUUUAUUUGGCAGUACUGGGGUCUGAACUCAGAGCCUCACGUUUGCUAGGCAGGCGCUGGGCUUUCUAUUUCUUUAGAAGCUCCUCUGUGUGCCAUUUCUCCCUGAAGCCCUAUCUUUAUGGGUACUUGCAAUGAGUAUACAGAAUCCUGCCAGAAAAUAGGAUCCUCAGUACUUAAAAACAAUGUUGACGUGUCUCCUUCAAGUCAGCUAGCUCCAUGCAAGUCUCAGGAAGUGAAUUACAUUUGGACCUGAUGUUUCAUUCUCUUUUUUCCUUUGAGUAUUACUUACUGAUUCUCUUCUGGCUCAGAAGAGACUCCCCAUCCCUAGCCAGCACACCAUGAGACCCUCCUGGAAGGGCAGAACGGUGAUUUGGCAAUUUCUCUGGGUUCUUAAAGAAUGAAAUUUGAACAUAAUAUUUUGAAACAGGCCUAAUUUUCAACUCAUAUUUAAU